AUGUAUUCCAGAGAGUCUAUUGUUCAAGAUGCCUUAGAUGAGCUCCACUCCAUCAGCCAAAAAUUAUCUGAUUUAUUCCCAUAUAGGAAACUUAAUCGUCUGCGGCAGUUGUUCGAAUGGGGGAGAUGGUUUUAUUUGUGGGGAAGAAAGUGGGGCGAUGAACAAGAUGUGGGCUGGGAAACUGCAGUGUGUACAGUGGAGGAGACUCUUCACAGACAUUCCCUGGAAAUUCUGUUUCUUUGUCUCACGUUGAAGGAGAAAUUGCUGAGGGUUGAUGAUUCUGAUGAGAGAUGGGAUGCUGAUUCGGAGGGAUGGGAUGUUGUGCUUAAAGAUUUUCUUCGGAGAAUUAUUCGCUCACUGAAACCAGGAAUUGAGGAAUUGGUCCGCCGAAUGUUGGGGACAGAUCUCACAUUGCAAACAAGAUCUUCUUCUCGAACAGAUGUGAAGCAACUGCUGGACAGCGUCGAUUUCAUUCUUCACAGUUUGCAGAGUCCUGAAUCUCGCAGUGCCUGCACAAACGAAACCGUAACGUUCACGAAGAACUUCAUUCGCUUUGCUACGCUUCACGGACUUGAGGAUAGGCAGAUCAUCGGAGAUCUCUUGACUCACUUUGAACGUGUAUUUAUUCAAUCUGCAGUCCUACUUUUUGAUGUUUGCGUUCGACGUGGUUAUCUUUCAUCAAAUUCUCAUCGUGAACUUAGGAGAAAAAUUGAGCCAGUUGAGUCGCGUGUUUGUGAGAUUUAUGUUGGUGUCUUGCAAGAUGUUUCAAAGUUUUCAGGGUCCUCCUUCCAUCCCACUAAAGAAACUCAUGCGUUGGUGUUUAGAGACUUUGUGGAUUCUCUCAUUUUUCUGAUUUUGAACCUUUUCUUCCGUGAUGCCAUUUUUGUGGAAAUGUUUCACCACGAAAUGCAUAAAGUGCAUGAGGGACUCUCAUUCUUGAGAACCACUCUAUCAGAGCACCAUGACAAGCUUGAUGACCUCAUUAGACCUUUGAUUUGUGAGGCAGGCAUCCUAAUUUUUCAUCUCUAUCAAGAAAAUGGAGAACAAAGAGGAAGGUUGUUUGCAAAAUUAGAGCUCCUUUUUUCCAAUUUCAAGACAAAACUCCAAAUUCUCAAGGCUGCAGAAGAAGACGCACCGAGCUUUCCACCAACAUCAGCAUAUCCCCAGACAAACUUGUUGGGUUUUAUUGACUCUGUCUUGGAAAAAAUAAAGUCAUUCGUGAUUCAAGUUUCUUCAGAAAAGGAUAAGUUCCGAGCCCUCCACGAUGAUCUUACAGUUUUAAGAUCUUUUGUAUUCCAUGAUAAUGGGAUGACGAUCCAAGAUCUCUCGAGUCGCGUUGCAGCGGUAGCUUAUGACACGGAGUUUGUACUUGAUUCUUUGGUUGUUGCUGGUAAACCACUCCAGACGAGCCUUAUUGUGCUGCUUGAUGUUAUCAUAACAGAGAUUGAGCUUAUUAAGACUCAGGUCUCGGAGAUUCCUUGGAGUAUGGAGCCAACCAUUGCAGUUCAAAAGAUUAGUCAAGCUAACCUUAAGAUGGCACCAGCAGUUGGUAAGAUCCCAGAUUCCAAUGACAGAGUGGUGGGCUUGGAUGACGAGGCAAGAAUCAUCAUCGAUAGACUCACUAGAGGGACAAAACAGUUAGAUGUGGUUUCGAUUGUGGGCAUGGCCGGAUUAGGUAAAACUAGUUUGGCCAAGAAAGUUUAUCAUCAUUCCCACAUCUCUCAUCACUUCCAGGUUCGCUCUUGGGUCACCGUGUCUCAAGAAUACAACACAAAAGGUUUGUUCAUUGGGAUUUUAAGCGGUCUGUACCAAGAUUCAACUGAAGAGUAUAUAAAUAUGAGGGAAGAUGAUUUGGCUGAAAGACUCCGUAGACGGUUGAAGGGAUACAGGUAUCUUAUCAUCUUGGAUGAUAUUUGGGAUACUCAAGUAUGGAAUAGUUUGACAAUGUCAUUCCCAGACGAUAAUAAGGGUAGCAGAAUUCUCCUAACCAGUCGACAGGAGACUAUUGGUUUGGAAAUCAAUCCACACUCUGAACCUCACCGUCUUCGUGCACUAAAUGAUGAUGAGAGUUGGGAGUUAUUUCGGAAGAAGAUGUGCUUUGACCAAAGCUGUCCAUCGGAAGAAGUAAUUGCUCGUGCCAAGACAAUAGCAAAAUCCUGCAAGGGAUUGCCGCUGAUGAUUUUAAUUGUUGCAGGAUUUCUCGCUAAUACAGAGCCAAAAAUAAUCAUCCCAUCGUCAAUUCUCAAUCUCUCAGAUUUGGAGACUUUGAUUGUUGAUUGUGGUGGGAGAGUUUUGUUGCCGGAUACUUUGUGGGGUAUGAAAAAAUUAAGGCAUCUGGAAGGAGCUGGGGAGUGGGUAUUGCCAUCAGAGAUUCCCGUAGCCAAUUUGGAGAAUUUGCAGACUUUCUCGACUGUAUCAUUCACCUGCAGCCAAACGAUGGUGGGAGUAGUGAAGAAGUUACCAAAUCUCCGGACACUAGACUGUGAUCUCGAUCUGGGUGGAGGAGAGUGCACUGUGGAUUUCAUCACUUUGAAUCAACUCGAAUCACUCUUGAUCACUACUUCUGGUGGGACGAACCUUUUUCAAUAUCGAUUUCCCCAGAAUCUAAAGGAUCUAUCUCUGUAUUCAACUUGCCUUCCAUGGAGUGAAGUUUUAGCUAUUGGAAGGCUACCAAAUCUUGAAGCUCUCCGGUUGUGUAAGAAUGAAUACACGGGGGAAAAUUGGGACAUUGAAGAAGAAGGCACAUUCCCCAAACUCAGAGUGUUGGAAUUAUGGAGGAUGACCAGUUUGCAGAGAUGGACAACGGCUUCGGAUGACGACUUCCCAUCUAUUGAGACAUUGAUACUGAACCACUGCCAUCGCUUAAAGGAAAUCCCUUCUUGUAUAGCCCAACGUUCAACCCUUCAGAUGAUUGCGGUCUGGCAUUGUCCACGUGUCUUUGAUUCGGUAAAGGAAAUUCAUGAAAUGCAGAUGGAUAAUGGAAAUGAAGAUUUACGGAUAUAUUUCGACAAAAAACAACUAACAAAAGAGUAA